GGCCGGUUAUUCCCAGGUGCACCGGCUCAAUAAAUAGUAGACGGCUGAGGAUGGUGGCAAGCAAAAUCGAAGCAGAUCCCCUCGUUAACAGUCAGACAGAAGAGAGAGAGACAGAGGAUGGACAUGAAGCAGAUUCUCAUUUUUGGACUUCUUCUCGUACCUGUGUGGACGUGCAAGAUGAACCGGUGCCUCCAUGAGCACGAGCUGAGUGAGGCAGCAGAGAAGCAGUUGAGCCACUACCCGCAGCAUCCGGAGCUUUUACAAGCGAAAGAAUCUGGCUCACCUUACUCCUGCCCUGUGGAGAUGUUCCCGCAGCAGCUGCCUCAGCACAUCAACGCCAGAUCCCUGUCCCCCUGGAGAUACGUACUUGAAACGAAGGAGGAUCACUUUCCUUCUACCUACGCCAAGGCUCAGUGCCUGUGUUCAGGAUGUGUGCUGAUCCAGAACAAGAGACCCCCAGUGGAGAGCCCCGACUACAACUCCAUCCACAUAAUGCAGAGCAGGGUGUUUCUCAAGAAGGAGCCCUGUGGGGACGGAAAGAAAUACCGUUUGAGGCCAGUUAAUGUGAAUGUAGCUGUGGGUUGUACCUGCGCCACAGUCAAUUCCUCCUUCUAGAAGGGAUCCAUGCAGACCUGCUGUCACAUUGUCACACUACAGUUCAUGUUGUGUUUGUUUUAAAAUACACCAAGGUGUGAUAAGUGAGCAGACUGUUGUCUCAGAGGGAACAGGGUCCAGUCUGCUCUCUUAUAUACACGGACGACCCCCUGCGAUCAUUUAUGAGGCUUCAAAAGUCAAAAGUCACAUCCGCCUGUACCUAUAGGCCUAUUUAUUGUCAUAAUGGAUGACAUAAUUGAUACAUCUAUAAUGUGUUUUGUAGGUCUUUGUAGGCCAUAUGCUCUUUAUUCUGACUUGUUUACAGUUCUGCCUAGUGCAGCCAAUGUUAACAUAAUACACGAAAUAAUGUAUUUAUUUUCAUAUUGAUGGCUUUGUCAUCGGGAAAAAUAGCUAUUGUAUAGUUUUGUAAAUUAAUUAUUUAACUUCUAAUAAUAUUUAAAUAACUAUCUAUUUAUUGGGUUUGUUUGACAUGUGAAAUGUUUGAGCUUUUGAAAGCUGGUGAAUGCACAUCGAGUGGAUGUGGAAAACUUUGUAUUUAUUUAUGUUGGAUAUCUUGUAGAUUUUGUUCC